GAUAGCAAGGUAGCCGACACUCUUGAGGACCGCUAUAAUUUAAUUUUGCGAUGUCCAAGUGAGCCAGGCCAAACAUCAGGUCCUGUGUGUAGUCAAGACUCUAUCAAGAGGUCGUGAUACUCCUUCAUUGUUAUUAGUUUUUGUUUUUUUGUUAACACUAUCUACAUAUAUUGUCAAUAAUAGUUGUGGUUUUUUGUUUCAACAAAAUAGUUUUACGCGAAGAAUCCGCGCUCCAAAGUGUUUUUUUUUUUUGUAUGUUUUUGUGUUUGAUUCUUUUUUGUGAAUUUUAAACGGUUUUGGAUUAAUUUCUAUUUAGUUUUUGGUGGUAUCAUCUUUAUGCUCACGUACAAUUCAACAAUUUACGUUCAACAUUUUGAUUUCAAUUAAAAAUAACGUAACAAUUAUUGACAAUGUUAUUGCAACAUCGCCAUCGGCAAAAGACAUCGAAAAAUGGCCUAUUUAUUGUAGAAAUCUUUUUACAAUUGCUGUUUGUAUAUGAAGUAUUAGGACAUGGACGGUUAAUGGACCCUCCAGCUAGGAAUUCAAUGUGGCGCUUUGGAUUUCCAACACCUGUUAAUUAUAACGACAAUGAGCUAUUUUGUGGGGGUUAUGCUGUGCAAUGGGAACAAAAUGGUGGACAAUGUGGUAUUUGUGGUGAUCCUUAUCAUUUAGAAGAACCACGACCCCAUGAAGCUGGUGGUUUGUAUGGAAAAGGCAUCAUUGGAAGACAUUACAGUGUUGGUCAGGAAAUUGACGUUGAAGUGGAAUUAACAGCAAAUCAUUUAGGUCGUUUUGAAAUAAAUUUAUGUCCCAAUAAUAAUCCUCGACAAGAAGCCACACAAGAAUGUUUUGAUCGUUAUCCAUUAUUUAUAUCUGGUACACGUGAAAAUCGUUAUUUAAUACCAAUGGAUUCGAAAAAGAAAGAUGUUUUCAGAUAUAAAGUUCGUCUACCACCAUACGUUACAUGUUCUCAAUGUGUGUUACAAUGGACAUAUUAUACAGGAAAUCAAUGGGGUAUGUGUUCAAAUGGUACGGAAGCAGUUGGUUGUGGUCGAGCAGAAACAUUUAGAAACUGUGCUGAUAUAACAAUAGUGACGAGUACUGGGGGUGCUUUACCACCCAUCUUCAUCGAACAAGACAAUCCAUUCUUAUUAUAUUAUAAAGAUCUACGUAUUUCCGCACCAUAUAAUGUUCUGCCAUUAAUUGUCAGAGAUCAAGUUUGUGUGGCAUCGGGCUUGUAUAGAAUAAUUCCUGGUAUGUCAGACUGGUGUCAAACAAAUUGCUUGCGUUAUCCGCCCAAUUGCCCACCUGGUAUAUGUGAAUGCCCGCAAACUUGUGAUGCUAUUGGUGAAUUAGAAGGUCGUGAUGGUGCAGAUGUUUAUUGUAUGGAUCAAUGUAUUGUUUAUCCGCCACGAUGUCCUGCAAAUCGUUGCCAAUGCUACUAAAAUAAAAAAUGUUGUAAAUAUUAAAUGUAUAAAACAAUU